AUGUAUUGGUGGAUUUCAAAUUUACCUCGAACUCGCACGAAAAGCUCAUCUAACAUAACAUCUUCAUAUGAAAAUAUUACUGAUGGUUAUCAAUUUUAUAAUCGAGAUGAACAAAAUAAAAAUGCGUAUCUAGAAUUUAAACAUACUGUAUAUAGUCGAGGAAUUUGUGGAAAUCUUCAAACUCCACCUAAGAAACGACCAUGUACACCAUUUUUUCAUGUACAUCCUCAUCAAAUAGAAAAGUUUACUAUUCUUCAAGGCCAUUUUGCUUAUCAAUUUGGUGAUAAAAUAUACUCAUGUGAUAUUCAUACAUGUCCAUCACCUAUUGUUAUUCCUCCAAAUGUUCCUCAUACAUUUUGGAUGAAUGAUAAUAAAAAAGAUCUUAUUAUAAUUGUUCGUGUUGAACCAACAUAUAAAGAUCGUGGUCUACGAGCCGAAUCAUUUGAAAAUAUUGUUGGGGUUUUUCGUGAUAAAUCUAUGACUAUUUGGCAAGUAUUCGUAUUUGUUGAUAAUAUUGGAACCUAUCCUAUAUUUUUAACAUUAUCUAUCGUAAAAAUAAUAAUUAAAAUUGGUUCUUUAAUUGGUCAAUUACUUGGUUAUCAAGUAGAAUAUGAAGAAUAUGCAACAAAAUAA